CCACAACGCUCGUUGUCACCGCGGUCUACGAUGACGAGACAUACUUCGACAACAAUGGCUGUAUCUGCGAGAGGAAACUGGCCCGUGCGCGACCACAUUUCUCACGCCUGACAUAAGCCGCACAUGUUCCCCCUUGAUGAAAGCUCUUUUCAACAUCAACGGACCUUCCACAGGUUGCCAGCAAGUUCAGCGCCUUUCGCUCAUCUUGUGAUUUUCUGUGCCAAGAGACAUGUCGCAGCAGCCACCACCGACAGUGAUGCCACAAAAUAUGCUUCCUCCUGGGGAAGCAGAGCUCGCUCAAGCCAACUCCUACUAUCCGCAAGAGCCUGCAGACCUAACGGGGGGUCUUCCCAUCAACCUUGACUCUCUGCGUGAUGGUCCACCAGGAAGCAAACCAUUUUACCCAUAUUCUACGCUUAUACGGUAUGCUAUAAAGGGUUCUCCGAAUCAAAAACUACUCCUCGAAGACAUCUACUACGCCAUCGAAUCCCGCUUUCCUUACUUUAGGAAUGCCCCUUCUGGUUGGAAGAACUCAGUGCGACACAAUCUUUCACUUAACCCAUGCUUCGAGAAAGUACCGCGUCCCCUUACCGACCGAGGGAAAGGCUCGUACUGGACAGUCAAUGAUAACGUUGACCCGAGAACGGGUGUCCAUCGAGUGAGGAAGAAGAAGCCGAAGGGCAUAAAGGGUCGACAGUCGGAGGAAGAUCAGGAUGUGGAUUAUCAUCCUGAAGCAUUCAACGACCCUAAUGCACAGUUCGUGCAGCCGCCGCCUAUGCAUCCUGAUGAAGCAGGUCCCAGUCGACAAGCACCGUAUCCGCCGUAUCCCCCCACAUUUGAUCCCAACUUCCAGAUGAUGCCUCCUCCACCUCCCGGCCUUCGUUUCCCUCCUGUGCCCAUAGAUGAUUUGCAGGUAGACGAGAAUGGAAACAUCUUGUGGCGUCUGUCCUUGAUGAAGGAGCUUGCGCACUUGCAGCAAAUUUCGUCGGAGAAGGACAUGGGCGAAGAUUGGUAUCGCGUAAUGCUAUUGCGCAUGCGUGGGGCUGUCAUGGCCCCACCACCUGCAUAUCAUGAUGGUAUGCACCCUCCACCUGGGAUGCCUCCUCCACCUCCGCCCAAUCCGGAGUUACAGCAGUGAAUUCUACUUCAAUUCUUGACGUGAAUGUUCUAGUUCUAUCCCAACUGUCAUUCCUAAUAUUAUUAACUGGUUCCCAUGUUUCAGAGAAUGUCUUGUGUCAUCAAUAAUUGGAGAGCAUUUUGAUCCAUUCUAUUACAGCAUGUUGUCUGUAUGUCAUUUCUGUAUCCCUAAUGUUAUCGAUACACGAUUGGAUCUUUGUGAUAAUGCACUGCAUGUGAGGAUUUCGGCCGAUUGAAAUCGUUCUUGUGACCGCUG